GGCCAGACAGACCCGCCAGACUUUGGCUCCAUCUCUACAAAAGGGCACUCUCUGAGUCAGCCUGCUCCCCUCGAGGCUUGCUCCUCCCCCACCCAGCUCCUGUUCCUGAUGCUGCACGUACGGCCCGUACACACCGUGUCCUGGGACACCCCAGUCAGCCGCAUGGCUUUGCUGUGCCCCAGCCCCUGGCCCCCUCUGCUGAUCCAGGCCGCUACCGUACAGCUGCUGCUGUUACUGCUAGUUCCAGCGCCAGCUUAUCCCCAGAGCCUGUCCUGGAUGCAAGGGGAUCCCUCCACCGGAGAGAGUUCAUCUGGUGAAGAUGACCCACUGUUACUGGAGGAUCUGCCCAGGGAAGAGUAUCCACCUGGAGAGGUGGCUCCACCCGUCAAUUCUAAAUCUGAGCAGGAGGACUCCCUGAAAUUAGAGGACCUCCCCACUGUGGAAGCCCCAGGGCACAGUCAAGAUUCCCACAAAGGCAAAGGAGGGCAUGAUGGUGAUGACCACAGUCUCUGGAGCUACGGAGGCACCCCACCCUGGCCCCAGGUGUCCCCAGCCUGCGCCGGCCGCUUCCAGUCCCCGGUGGAUAUCCGGCCCGAGCUCACCGCGCACUGCCGCGCCCUGCAACCUCUGGAACUGCUGGGCUACGAGCUCCAGCCGCUCCCGGAACUGAACCUGAGCAACAAUGGCCACACGGUGCAGCUGACUCUGCCUCGGGGUCUGGAGAUGGCUCUGGGUCCCGGGCAGGAGUACCGGGCCCUGCAGUUGCAUCUGCACUGGGGGACUUCGGAUCACCCGGGCUCGGAGCACACUAUCAAUGGCCACCGUUUCCCUGCCGAGAUCCAUGUGGUUCAUCUCAGCACCGCCUUCUCGGAAUUUCACGAGGCCUUGGGGCGCCCUGGAGGCCUGGCCGUCUUGGCGGCGUUUUUGCAGGAGGGCCCAGAAGAAAACAGCGCCUAUGAACAGUUGCUGUCACAUUUGGAAGAGAUCGCUGAGGAAGGUUCACAGAUUAAGAUCCCAGGACUGGAUGUAUCUGCACUGUUGCCCUCUGACCUUAGCCGCUACUUCCGGUACGAGGGGUCUCUAACCACACCACCCUGCUCCCAGGGGGUCAUCUGGACUGUGUUCAACCAGACAGUGAAGCUGAGUGCUAGGCAGCUCCACAUUCUCUCUGUUUCCCUGUGGGGACAUCAUAAUUCUCGGCUACAGCUGAACUUCCGAGCCAUGCAGCCUUUGAAUGGGAGAAUAAUCGAGGCCUCCUUCCCUGCUGGAGUGGACAGCAGCCCUGAGCCAGUCCACAUGUAUUCCUGCCUCGCUGCUGGUGACAUCCUGGCCCUGGUUUUUGGCCUCCUCUUUGCAGCCACCAGCAUAGCCUUCUUUGUGCACAUGAGGAGGCAGCACAGGCACAAAAGUGGGACCAAAGAUGGUGUUAGCUACAGCCCAGCCGAAAUGGCGGAGACUGGAGCGUAGAACCUCAGAACCUGGAGGAAUGUACCAAGAAGCCAGCUGGAAGAAUCUGGAAACCAUGUCCUAUCCUGCCAAUUAUAAAGUUCCAUUUUAACCACCAAGGAACUAUUUUCAUCUCUUUUACUUUUCUCCUUAAACCACUGCAAUGGGAUCUUAACAGUGAAAAGUAAAAAGGCCAGACUGGACUCA